AAAAUGUAUUAUUAUCUUGAUUAUUCUGUAUUAUUCAAUAUCAUCAAUAUUAUUCCAACUAUUCUAUGCUAUUUUAGUUGUUUACUUUUGGUGUACUCCCUGAGUUGGCAAUCCCAGAGAAAGUGCAAGUCUGUUGGUCAAAUACCGGGUACCACCUCGAGUACCUGGUACCCCUGCAACUUCAAUCACGUCUUGGUGUCGAAUCGCACUAAACAGUUCUAAGCCUUAACCUCUCCGAGGCCAUCAAAGUGUCCACUCGUGCAAUUGAGCUGGUGGUCGUGUCAUUGAAGCUCUUGAAUUUGCCAACCUCUUGCAACACUGCGGUAGCUCGCCCAUUACCAAUCGCCAUGCAUUUUCUCCCCUCUGCAGCCCUGCUGCUUUCAGCGGCCAGCUUCCUUCCGGCUGCGCUCGGCCACAACAUCCAGCUCCCUGCCCACGGCCGCGAGUGCUUCCACGAGGAGCUUCACAAGGAUGACAAGAUGACGGUCACCUUCCAAGUCGGCGAUAGAGAAUUUGGUAGUGCCGGCAAUCUGGACAUUGAUUUCUGGAUCACCAACCCUGCGGGCCAGUACGAGACAUUCCAGAAAGAAGUCUCCAACGGCGAUUACUCUUUCGAUGCCAAGCACGAUGGAAGGUACCUAUACUGUUUUGGAAACGAACACUGGGGUGCGAACAGCAAAGAAGUGUCUUUCAACGUCCACGGAAUCGUCUACGUUGCCGAGCAUGAAGCCGAGAAGGAUCCCCUUGAGACCGAAGUCCGCAAAUUAUCCGACCUUCUCAACCAAGUCAAGGAUGAGCAGUCCUACAUUGUCCUUCGAGAGCGAACCCACCGCAACACAGCCGAGAGCACGAACAGCCGGGUCAAGUGGUGGAAUCUCUUUGUUAUUGGUGUCGUUAUUGGCGAGUCCAUCUUCCAGGUCUGGUGGCUGCGGAGGUUCUUUGAGGUCAAGCGAGUCGUCUAGAAGGCCACCCCUCACGAAUGACUUGAGCUCGGAGAGACCUACUGGUUUGGGAAACUUGGCGUCUUUUGAGUUGGGAAAAGGGCAUGAUCAUGUUGUAGAGAGACUUAUAAUGUACAAUCAAACUAUCGUGAGAAUGAACGUUCUCGCCAUCAGAUGUAUAACGUGAUACCGACCGUCCUUGGGGUUCGUGAUAAGCACAACCGUUAGAUCUACACUUUCAAGGUCGAGAGACGAAUAACGAUAGUUGCUG